AUGCCCUACAGACUAACUCAAAACCCCUCGCCGCUUAUCCCCUCGGUUCCCCAACUAGAUGGAAACUCGGUCGUUUUUCCGGCGUGGCGUGCACGGCUUGAAGAUGUGCUUGCCAUCCAGGGGGUGUUAGACAUAGUUCAAGGGAAGGUUCCUCGGCCAAAGGCCGAGUCGAUGGAUGCUAAACCCACAGUCCGCACCGAGAAAGGUUACAACCCAGAAGAGUUCCGCACCAAUUGGGACACUCUAUCGGAUAUCGCUCAAUCGACGAUCAAGCUUACACUAUCUGUCGAUCUGUCUAUACGGUACCGCGACAUUAAACCGGCGAGCAAACUGUACGACCAGAUCUGUGAGUUCGCGGGGUCUCUCCUGACCCCCGAGGCUCAGGGCCUCAGCGAGCUCACGAACGCCGGGCCUGGCCCGGCAUUCGUGAGUAUAGAUGCUUUUCAUUUACGAUAG